UGGCGUUUCACCAUGUAGCUAAAGCUAAAGCGCCAUUUGCUAAUAAGCUAGCUACCCGAAGCCCAAGAGAGUUCACAUCUGUUAAUUUGCUACGCACGAGCUUAGUUUGUUGGCUCGGCGUUUUGGCUUUGCUGCUUUCUUGCUCUUGCGAGUGAAUAAGAAGCGAUCUUUGUGUGUGUACGUGCAAACGGUGCAAGAGCGUGUGGCAAUGGGGAGGCAGCCGUGCUGCGACAAGGUGGGCCUGAAGAAGGGGCCCUGGACGGCGGAGGAGGACCAGAAGCUCGUCAGCUUCCUCCUCAGCAACGGCCAAUGCUGCUGGCGCGCCGUCCCCAAGCUCGCCGGGCUGCUCCGGUGUGGGAAGAGCUGCCGGCUGCGGUGGACCAACUACCUCCGGCCGGACCUGAAGCGCGGGCUGCUGUCGGAGUCGGAGGAGAAGACGGUGAUCGAGCUGCACGCGGAGCUGGGCAACCGGUGGUCCAAGAUCGCGUCCCACCUGCCCGGCCGGACCGACAACGAGAUCAAGAACCACUGGAACACGCACAUCAAGAAGAAGCUCAAGAAGAUGGGCAUCGACCCGGCCACCCACAAGCCCCUCCUCCACUCCGCCUCCGCUCCUCCCCCUCCUCCCCAGCAGAAUUCGCUUGAGGAGAAGGCAACUGCCGUCGUUGCUGCCACGACGGGGAGAGUGCAGGACGAAUUCUGCGCCGACGACGCGAUCAUGCAGCUGCUGGACGACAUCAUCUUGCCGUGCGACGUCGUCGUGGCACCGGCACCGCUCGACACCACGGAUUCAUCGCCGGCUGAGUCAUCGUCGUCGUCGUCGAGUUUGGGUGGGGGGUUUGAGGAUGACUGCUGGCUGCCGCAGAUGAUGGAGUGGCCGGCCGAGUCGAUGUACCUGAUGGGGCUGGACGACAUGGUCACCGGACCGGCGGCGGCGUCGGCGUGGGAGUUCGAGGACCCGUUCAACACGUACCAGAGGAUCGCCCUGUUUGAUCACCAGGACACAUGGGCUUGAUCAAACCGAUCGAUCCAUCGGAAUAUAUCUUAUUCUUUAUAACGAAAUUCAUUACUUAAUGCCUUCUUAUAUGUUAUUGGCUUAUUGCUACUAGUUGUACUGCUACGUUGUAAAAACUCAUGGGCCCGCCUAGUGGUCUUCCAACAGUAUUUAGAGGGGAGAUAGAUACUAGUAAGAAAAUAAUAAAGAGAAAUGAAGUGGUUGUGUCUGUGAGGGAGACAUUGCGUAUGCACCCUCUUUCCUUUUUUAACCCCCAGUUACUCUUCCAUAUUUUUUUCAGACUUCUUUUUGGUACAACUUGGGUGUGAGGGGGACAUUUCAUAUGCACCCUCUUUCCUGAUUUACCACACAGGCACUUGUCUAUUUUUUCAGACUUCUUUUCGGAACAUGUGUAUGGCAUGCACAUACGCAUGCAUGCAAGUGAAA